AUGAAGUCAAUGCUUCCCGCACUGAAUCCGGUGGAAACAGCGGAGCCGUUACAUUUUUCGAGUACGUUGGGCGCAAUGCAGUAUCAGCGCCCUCCGACCGGACCAAUGAGCACGGCAGUGUCAUCCUAUCCCGCGUUGCCCGCACCACCUCCGAUGUUUUCGCUAGGCACACUGGCGCGGCAACUACCUUCGACAGAUCUUCCAGUCAAAACGGCACCAGCGAUGCCGCAAAUGGAUACGGUGGGCAUUAUGAAUCGCUCAUUUCCCCCGAUGGCCCUUCCUCCAAAUAACUCGUUGGACAGAAUGCAGCCACCGCCACCUCCGGCGGUCCAGUUGGAUCCAUCGUCGACAUCGCUGCCCGCACCCAAGCCUGGAGUAACACAGCAGAGAAUGGCCUCCACAAGACAGCCAGCCAGGGGAGAUCAAACUCGCAGUGAGCAAAAUCCUCUGGGAACGUUUUACCGAGGACCUUCUGGUGAAGAUGGACAAAUACCCACGACACAAAACAGGAUUCCAACUCAACCUUCGCGUUACCCGGCCGCACCUCAAUUCCCACAGGCCGAACCUGGGUUUCACCCAUGGUAUCAACAACCAAUGGUACCUUAUUGGCAGCAACCAUACUGGCAGCCGCCGAAUCCAAUACAAAGUUCACUCGCCGGAGUGAUAAACCCACAGCAAUUGGCAGCUCGUCAUGUGGUAUCACGGGAACUGCCAAAAUUUUCUGGAGAUCCGCUAGAGUGGCCCAUGUUCCUGAGUGCGUUCGAGUCAACGACGUCCAUGUGUGGCAUACAGCCGGACGAAAACCUCGCAAGGUUACAAAAGUGUCUGGUCGGAAAGGCCAGGGAAAAGGUUCACAGUAUCUUGACCCUGCCGGAGGCAAUUCCCGAAAUAAUCAAUACACUGCGCGACGAAUGCGGUCGACCAGACCAGCUUGUGCAUUGUCUAAUGAGUAAAAUUAGAAAUGCACCUGUUCCGAACGUUAAUAAGCUCGACACGCUCAUUACUUUUGGGCGUGAGGUACGAAAUCUCGUCACCUACAUAGAGGCCGCCAACUUACAAGCUCACCUCUCCAAUCCCAUGCUUCUGUCGGAACUGGUCGGCAAACUUCCUCCAAGCAUUCGACUGGAGUGGGGUCUGCAUACACAACGAAUUCCUGAAGUUUCGUUGAAGGCGUUCAGCGAUUUCGUAUCGUCGAUAAAGGCAGCAGCCUGUCAAGUUGCCUUGCCAUUCGAAUCUAGCUCGCAGGACGAAGUUAUUCGGUCUAGCCGGAAAAAGGAGAAAAGCGGACACGUCAAUUCGCACUCCGCCGAAGUAAGCAACAGAGACUCCGUUUCGUCGACAAAGUCGCAGAAGCAGCCACAGCUUUGCUUGAUGUGCCAGCGAAGCGACCACAAGAUUAGGAACUGUAACAAGUUUAGUUCUUUGUCUAUACCGGAACGGUGGAGUGUGGUGGACCAGCGGAAUCUGUGCCAGCGAUGUCUAACGUGCCAUGGGAAGUGGCCAUGUAGAACAGCACAGCCCUGUGGAAGCAACGGUUGCGAAGAAAUGCACCACAAGCUGUUACAUCCCGGAAAACCGAAAUCGGUCGUUUCCGUGUCUAAAGGACCUAGCUCUUCGGGAGUCGUCACCGCUCAUAGCAGCAAACAACGUAGUACGCUUUUCAAAAUACUCCCCGUUACACUGUCGCAUAAUGGAAAAUCGGUUACGACUUUCGCCUUCCUCGACGAUGGCUCUAAUGUAACGUUACUUGAAAAUAGUAUCGCGGAGAAGCUCAACCUGGAUGGCGAGGAAAGCCCGCUCUGUUUGCAAUGGACUAGCAACGUCACACGAAAGGAAUCCGCAUCUAGACGAGUACAAGUCUGCAUAUCCGAUCGCGACGGCAAAUAUCAACAUGUAUUGUCGCAGGUGCAAACUGUCGACAAUCUAGGUCUGCCUCGACAAGACUUGAACUACACCGAACUUCUAGGGCAGUUUCCGCACUUACGUGGGCUACCGAUUCAGAGUUACACGGAUGCAGUUCCACAGAUUUUGAUUGGUGCAGAUAAUGCUCGCUUGAAAUUGCCGUUGAACAAGCGAGAACGACGUGAUGAAGAGCCGGUUGCCAUAAAGACAAAGUUGGGAUGGACGAUCUUCGGUGGACAACGAGAUGCCCUUGAUGGUAACAACCGUACAAUGGUGCACGUGUGCGAGUGCUCCGCUGAUCAACGGCUUCACGAUCUAGUGAAAGACUAUUUUGAAUUGGAGCAGUUGGGCAUAACGGCGGUAUCAGCACCGGAAUCAGAGGAAGACGAAAGAGCUAGGCGUAUACUGCAAGAAACUACUCGGCGCAUGGAUUCCGGUCGCUUCGAAACCGGAUUAUUAUGGAAAACUGAUGAAAUCAAUUUUCCCGAAAGCUACGCGAUGGCGGAGCGGAGACUCAAAUGUCUGGAACGUCGGCUGCAAGCAGAUCCGGAACUUCGGCGAAACGUUGAGGCGCAGAUUGUCGAGUAUCAGGCACAAGGGUAUGCCCAUAAGGCCAGCGAGGAAGAACUACGAGAUUCUGACCCAAGACGCGUGUGGUACUUGCCGCUUGGAAUCGUUCGAAACCCACGUAAACCUGGCAAAGUGCGUAUAAUAUGGGACGCCGCAGCACGCGUGAAAGGAGUCUCGUUGAAUUCUAUGCUCCUAUCCGGACCCGAUUUACUGACCCCGCUCAUGUCAGUUCUCUGCCAAUUUCGCCAAAGGCAAUUCGCUAUUACUAGCGACAUUCGGCAGAUGUUCCAUCAGCUACGUAUCAGGAAGGAGGAUAGACAGUCGCAGAGGUUUUUGUGGCGUACGAAUCCCGAAUCUAUGCCGGACGUGUACAUAAUGGAUGUGGCCACAUUCGGGGCCACUUGUUCGCCAUGUUCCGCGCAAUAUGCGAAAAAUUUGAAUGCGGCAGAUCACGAAGCAGAGUAUCCAGAAGCGGCGAGAGCCAUCACGAAGAAUACUUAUGUGGACGACUACUUAGACAGCCGAGACACCAUCGAUGAAGCUGUCCAGUUAGCAGUUUCCGUUCGCGAAGUCCACAGCAAAGCUGGAUUCGAACUCCGAAAUUGGCACUCCAAUGCCCAAGAAAUUCUCAACCGGAUCGGAGCUGAAAAUAGUCCGGAAACAGUAAAGAGCUUCACCGCAGAAAAAACAACAGCUACAGAGCGCAUCCUUGGUAUGAUGUGGGAACCAACUGAGGACCUGUUCGUGUUUUCCGCCCAAUUUCACGAGGAUCUUCUUCCGUUGUUAUCCGGUGAAAUAGUGCCCACAAAGCGCCAAGUUUUACGUAUGGUCAUGAGUCUUUUUGACCCGUUGGGACUCAUUUCUUGCUUCACGGUACACGGAAAAAUCCUACUCCAGAAUAUUUGGAGGUCUGGUGUGGGUUGGGACGAUCCCCUUAUCCCAAGGGACUUCUUGGACUGGCAACGCUGGACGAAAGUGCUGCCCGAGCUGAACCGACUACAAAUCCCAAGGUGUUAUUUCCCUGACUACGAACGGGAAAGUUAUGGAUCUCUGCAAUUACACAUUUUUGUUGAUGCGAGUGAGCUUGCAUACUGUGGUGUUGCAUACUUUCGCAUAAUCGAUCGUGGGACCCCACGAUGCUCUUUGGUUGCUGCAAAGGCUAAAGUAACUCCUCUUCGGCCUCAAUCCAUUCCCCGCAACGAGCUGAAUGCAGGUGUAAUCGGCGUGCGGCUUAUGAAGAAUGUUACGGAGAACCAUUCACUGCAAAUCACCAAGCGCUACUUCCACACUGAUUCGACGGUCCUCUUGGCAUGGCUACGUGCUGAUCCUCGCAAGUAUCGUCCCUAUGUCCAGUUUAGAACAACGGAAAUCCUGGCAGACACGAAAGUAGAGGAAUGGCGCUGGGUACCCACCCGGUUGAAUAUCGCAGACGAAGCAACCAAGUGGGGCAACGGCCCCAGUUUCGAUGUCCAGGAUAAGUGGUACCGCGGUCCGGAUUUCCUCUGGCAACCGGAGAGCGAGUGGCCAGCGAAAAAACCUCUAAUCGAAGAACCAACGGAUGAACUAAGAAAGACGAACGUACAUCAGGAGGUAACGACCGAUCCAGUGCUGGAGUUGGCCAAAUUCUCAAGAUGGGAGGAUUUAAUCAAGUCUUUGGCCUAUCUAUACCACUUCGUUAAUCGCUGCUCGACCAAACAACGUGUUCCAACAAAAUCCCGCAUGGCAACGUUAACCCACCAAGACUUCGUAUCCGCUGAAAAAGGCUUGUGGCGGAUGGUCCAAAACCAGGAAUUCGGAGAGGAAAUUUCGUCCUUGCAAUCCUCUGAAUCUUCUACGCAGAAAAGUACACGGCUUCCGAAAUCGAGUCCGUUGGCCAAACUGUCGACAUUCCUAGAUGACGACGGAAUUCUUCGCUCGGAAAGCAGGAUUGAUCCAAAAGCUGCUUAUUAUCCGUACAAUUUUCGAAAUCCCAUAAUUGUACCCAAGCAUCACUACGUGACGGAUCUGUUGGUUCUACGUUUUCAUCGGCUGUACGGUCAUGCUAAUACCGAGACCGUUCUGAACGAACUCCGGCAGGUCUACUGUAUUCCGAAGAUGCGAUCCGUUGUAAAGAAAGCCGUUAAAAAGUGUAUGUGGUGCCGCGUAUACCGAGUCAAACCUGAAGCACCUAGGAUGGCUCCGUUACCGCAGCCGCGUGUCAUGCCCUUCGUGCGUCCAUUUACGCACACGGGUAUCGACUAUUUUGGACCCCUGAUAGUGAAGCAAGGACGCAGCAACGUUAAAAGGUGGGUCGCAAUUUUCACCUGUCUCACCAUACGUGCGGUGCACCUAGAGGUGGUGCAUUCUUUGACGCUUCAGUCAUGCAAGAUGGCCAUGCGACGAUUUGUCGACAAGCGAGGAGCUCCACAGAACAUUUUUAGUGAUAAUGGCACUUACUUUCAUGGAGCUGCCAGAGAACUUGCUGCGGAGAUCAAGAACAUCAAUCUCGCUUUAGCGGGUACCUUCACUAAUGCCGAAACAGAGUGGCAUUUCAAUCCACCGUCUGCUCCCCACAUGGGCGGUGUGUGGGAGCGGAAAGUGCGCUCAAUUAAGGAUGCUUUCAAAGUCCUGGCUCAUCGCGAAAAGCUCGAUGACGAAGGACUGCUCACAUUACUGUCGGAGGCUUCAAUGAUCGUCAACUCCAGGCCGCUCACAUUUGUGCCGCUCGAAUCUCCCGAACAAGAGGUGCUUACGCCGAACAGUUUUCUUUUGAUGAGCACCAGUGGUAGCAGCAACCUCGUGCGCAUUCCCAUCGACCAGCCGAUCUCGCUGCGCACGAAUUGGGGAGUCAUGCUACACCUAUUGAACCAGUUUUGGAAGACCUGGAUCAAAUCAUAUCUACCAACCAUCGCCAGGAGAACCAAAUGGUUUGUAGAUGUUCGUCCGCUCCAGGUAGGUGACCUUGUCAUUAUAGUCGAUGAAACGGUUCGAAACGGUUGGCUUCGUGGAAAAGUUACCAAGACAUAUCCAGGUAUAGACGGACAAGUACGUAAGGUAGAUGUUCAAACGGAAACGGGGAUGCUGCAACGACCGGCCAUUAAGGUGGCUCUUCUGGACGUGCUACAGGAUGGCAAGACCAACUAG